AUGUCGUCAUCCGCCGAUCCCGUUGCUGCUGCUGCUGCUGCUGCUGCUGCCCCGGCGCGCAAGUUCGAAUGGCUCGUCGUCGUCCCGGACACGCCCGGCGCGCUGGAGAAGCGGAAGGAGAUCCGAUCGCAGCAUCUGGGCGGCCUCAAGCCGGCGGUUGAGUCGGGCCUGCUCAAGAUGGGAGGCGCCAUCCUCGAAGAAGUCCCCUCCGAAGACGACCCGACAAAUCUCAAGAUGUGCGGUAGCACGCUAAUCAUCGUGGCGGCGAGCAAGGACGACAUCCUCGAGGCUCUCAACAAGGACAUUUACGCGCAGACGGGCGUGUGGGAUGUCGCCAAGGUAUGUGCCCUCCUUCAGUGA